AUGGUAGGAGGACUUGCGGUCAGAUGGGGCGGGGUGGAGCAGGGAAAGGCGGUGCGGCGGGCGCGGCCGAGCCCACGUGACGGGAUUGCACGCCCGGGAGCGCGUGGCGGCACGAGGCUGCGGGAGCAGCGUCACCGGAACGUGGUGAGCGAAGGCUCCGGGACUCCCAAGCCUCGCGACACUUUGCCGCUUUGGGGCGAGCCGUUGGGGCUUUGCGACGGCGUGAGGCGCACUUCCUGGUUCCCCAAUGCCGACCCUGCGGUCCUCGUCCUCCCCGAGCAGCGUGGCAUCCUCUCUGCACAGAGGAGGCCAGAAGGGCCUGUGGCCGCCAUGCAGCUCCCCCGGCCACCUGCUGUACGAGAUAGUGACUCACUAUCUGCGGAUGAAGGCAGUGACUUUGAAGAUAACUUGAGAUGCAAAGUGAAGAAGAGAGUAGCAAAACGGCCACUCAGAACAACUCCAGUGGCAAAACAAGCAAAGAAAAGGCCCCGAGUGGUACGUGAUCGUCACCAGAAAAAGCCAGAGUCACCACCAGCCAAUAAUCUCUUUGAUGCUGUGAAAGCUGCCAAAAGUGACAUGCAGACUUUGGUAGAUGAGUGGCUGGAUGGCUACAAGCAAGACCAGGAUGCAGGAUUCCUAGAGCUUAUUAACUUUUUCAUUCGCUCUUGUGGCUGUAAAGGCACUGUGACCCUUGAGAUGUUCAAGAAGAUGUCCAAUUCUGAGAUAAUCCGUCACCUAACAGAACAGUUCAAUGAGGAUUCAGGGGAUUAUCCCUUGACAGCUUCUGGCCCAUCCUGGAAGAAGUUCCAGGGGAGCUUUUGUGAAUUUGUGAGGACAUUGGUCUAUCAGUGCCAGUACAGCCUCCUCUAUGAUGGCUUCCCCAUGGACAAUCUCAUCUCCCUGCUCACUGGCCUCUCAGACUCCCAAGUCCGUGCUUUCCGUCACACUAGCACUCUGGCUGCCAUGAAACUGAUGACCUCUCUCGUAAAAGUUGCUCUUCAACUGAGUUUGCAUAAAGACAAUAAUCAACGUCAGUAUGAGGCUGAACGAAGCAAGAGCCCAGGGCAGAGAGCACCCGAACGUCUGGAGACCCUGCAAGAGAAACACAAAGAGCUCCAAGAGCAUCAAGAGGAGAUUGAAGGAAUGAUGAAUGCCCUCUUCAGAGGUGUUUUUGUACAUCGGUACAGGGAUGUCCUUCCUGAGAUCCGUGCUAUCUGCAUCGAGGAGAUUGGGUGUUGGAUGCAGAGUUACAGUACCUCUUUUCUCACCGACAGCUAUUUAAAGUACAUUGGCUGGACCUUGCAUGAUAAGCACCGAGAAGUUCGUCUAAAGUGUGUGAAGGCUCUGAAAGGACUCUAUAGCAACAGAGACAUGACUGCACGCCUAGAGCUCUUUACCAGCCGCUUCAAGGACCGGAUGGUUUCUAUGGUCAUGGACAAAGAGUAUGAUGUAGCAGUAGAGGCUGUCAAACUGCUAACACUUAUCCUUCAGAACAUGGAAGGGGUGCUGACUGACACAGACUGUGAGAGCAUCUACCCCGUAGUGUACGCCUCCAGUCGAGCUCUGGCCUCUGCUGCAGGAGAGUUUCUCUACUGGAAGCUCUUCUACCCUGAGUGUGGAAUAAUAAUGGUGGGUGGAAGAGAACGACACCGAAGUCCUCGUUCCCAGAGAACGUUCUUUCAGCUUCUGCUGUCCUUCUUUGUGGAAAGUGAGCUCCACAACCAUGCUGCUUAUUUAGUGGACAGCUUAUGGGACUGUGCAGGGCCGCUGCUGAAGGACUGGGAGAGUCUGACAGGGCUGCUGCUGGAGAAAGAGCAGAACUUGAAUGACAUGGAGGAGAGCACACUGAUAGAGAUCCUGGUGUCCAGUGUCCGGCAAGCUUCGGAGGGUCACCCACCUGUGGGGCGGGUCACUGGGAGGAAGGGCUUAACAUCUAAAGAACGUAAGAUCCAAGCUGAUGACAAGGUGAAACUGACAGAGCACCUGAUCCCCUUGCUGCCUCCCCUCUUAGCCAAGUUCUCAGCUGAUGCAGAGAAGGUUGCUCCCCUUCUUCAGCUUCUCAACUACUUUGACCUCAACAUCUACUGCACCGGACGUUUGGAGAAGCACUUGGAGCUGUUCUUGCAGCAACUCCAGGAGGUGGUGGUGAAGCAUGCCGAGCCAGCAGUGCUUGAAGCUGGGGCUCAUGCCCUCUAUCAGCUCUGCAAGCCCGAGUUCACGUUCUUCAGCAGGGUAGACUUUGCUCGCAGCCAGCUGGUGGAUCUGUUGACGGACCGCUUCCAGCAAGAAGUUGAAGAGCUGCUGCAGUCUGCCUUCCUAGAUGAGGAUGAAGUCUAUAAUCUGGCAGCCACUCUAAAGCGCCUCUCUGCCUUCUACAACGCUCAUGACCUUACCCGCUGGGAGCUCUACGAGCCAUGUUGCCAACUCCUCCAGAAGGCUGUGGGUACAGGAGAAGUGCCUCGUCAGGUGGUCCUUCCAGCCUUGAGUCUCGUCUAUUUUUCCAUCCUCUGGACACUGACCCACAUUUCUGGACCAGAUACUUCCCAGAAGCAGCUGUUGAAUUUGAAGAGCAGGAUGGUGGCCUUCUGUGAGCUCUGCCAGAGUUGCCUCUCAGAUAUGGACCCUGAGAUCCAGGAGCAGGCUUUUAUCUUAUUAAGUGAUCUACUUCUCAUCUUCAGCCCUCAGAUGAUUACAGGAGGACGCGAAUUCCUUAGGCCCCUUGUCUUUUCCCCUGAAGCCACUCUGCAGUCUGAGCUGGCCAGCUUCCUCAUGGACCGUGUCUUCAUCCAGCCUGGAGAGCUGGGCAGUGGUACAUCCCCAGAGGAUCAUUUACAGAUAGAGCAACUGCACCAGCGGCGCCGCCUCCUGGCCGGGUUCUGCAAGUUGUUGCUGUAUGGGGUGCUGGAGAUGGAUGCAGCCUCAGAUGUUUUCAAACACUACAACAAGUUCUAUAGUGACUAUGGUGACAUUAUUAAGGAAACAUUAACCAGAGCAAGGCAGAUUGACCGAAGUCACUGUUCUCAGAUUCUGCUGCUUAGCCUCAAACAGUUGUACACAGAACUACUGCAGGAACAGGGGUCCCAAGGCCUGAGUGAGCUUCCAGCCUUCAUUGAGAUGAGGGACCUAGCCCGGAGGUUUGCCUUGAGCUUUGGACCCCAGCAGCUUCAGAACCGUGAUCUUGUGGUCCUGCUACACAAGGAAGGCAUCAAGUUUUCCUUGUCUGAGCUACCUCCAGCUGACUCCUCUGAUCAGCCCCCAAACCUGGCAUUCCUGGAGCUCCUUUCAGAAUUUUCCCCUCGACUCCUACAUCAAGACAAACAGCUGCUCCUGUCCUAUCUGGAAAAAUGUCUGAAGCGUGUCCCCCAAGCAACCAACUGUCCUUGGGGUCCAGUCACCACUUACUGCCACUCUCUCAGCCCUCAAGAAAACCAAGCUGAGGUCAGCCCUCAGGGUUACCCUUUCUCCAAGAAGAGGCGCACUGAAGGCCCCUUCAGGUCGAAAAUAGAUGAUGCCUCUUCCUCCCAGGAAGAAAGCCUGCAACUUAGCAGUGUCCCAGCCACGCCUGCCCUCACCUCUACAGCUGUGAAGAGUAAGCAGCCCGUGGUAGAGUUAGAAGAGGUGGAAGAAGAAGAGAGAUCGGGAUUGGAGUUCUCCCAAGGACUUAGUCUAAUGGAAGAGGAAGAAGAAGGGCUGGUAUUUCAGGAUGACUCAAGUGAAGAAUGGCAAGAUACAGACAAGCAACCAAGUAGCUGCUCUUCCUCUGGUGAACACCAGCUGGACCUCUUAGAUUCUACAGAGCUGAACAUGGAGGCAAGUGUCCCAUGA